AACCAUGGCAACAACAGAUGAUAAUCAUCACCAUCCAUCUUUAAAAAGACAGCUAGGAUUGGUACAAGCAACCUGUUAUAUAACUGGUGGUAUCAUCGGAGUAGGGAUAUUUAUAGGACCAGCAACUGUUUUAAAGGGAGCUGGGUCAUCAGUAGGCGUGUCCCUAUCAAUAUGGGUUGUAUCUGGUUUUCUUAUGUAUUGCGGUGCCAUGUGCUAUGCCGAAUACGGAUCCAGGGUACCUAAAUCUGGAGGAACUUACACUUACAUAAGGGAAGCCUUUGGUGAAUUAGCAGGAUUUGUGUUUUUGUGGACUCAGUUGGUUUUAGUACGUCCCCUAGCCGUAUUGUUGAGCUGCUUGGCUUCUGCUGAGUAUAUCAUCAGACCUGUUUUUCUCACGUGUCCUGAUAUGGCACCAACAGAUGCCAAGAUACUUCUAGGAAUAUCUAUUUUAGUUAUAACUGUAGCUGUUAAUUGUUACAGCGUCAACUACGGUGCUUAUUAUCAGACAUUAGCAACUUUCUGUAAAGUAGCAGCAUUAGUCGUCAUUAUCAUUGGCGGGUUCGUACAUUUAGCUAAAGGUAAUACAGACCAUUUCGAUGAACCGUUUAAAACCAACUCUGAGAUAUCUCCUACGAGCGUCAGUUUAACUAUAUAUGUUUGUUUCUAUGCUUACAUGGGAUGGGAUAAUGUAACAGUGGCAACAGAAGAGGUCACUAACCCUAAAAGAAAUAUUCCUUUGGCUAUUUUAUUUGGAUUAGCAAUAUCUACAGUUAUUUAUUUAUCAGCUAAUGUGGCUUAUCAUGCCGCCUUAACUAAUAGUGAAAUCAUGUCUGGUGUAGCUGUGGCAGUGAUGUUUGGAGAAAGGGUGUUAGGUCCAGUACGAUGGAUUAUCCUGCCGUGUGUUGGAAUUUCUGCUGCUGGGAUAUCUAAUGCAAUAAUUUUCACAUCUUCAAGAAUUAAUUUUGUUGGAGGAAGGGAUGGUCUGUUCCCCGAGCUGUUCAGUAUGGUUAAUAUAAACAAAAGAACUCCAAUGCCGUCCAUUAUCACUCUGGGUAUUUUAGCAAUGAUAUACAUGUGCAUUGCGGACUUUGUCACAGUUCUAGGAGCUUAUUCAUUUCUGAGAGCCGGUGGCGAAGCUGUUGCUAUAUUUGGGUUCCGGAGAAUCAGACGUAAGCAUCCAGCAACAGAGAAAACUUUUGUGACACCAACCAUUAUACCUAUCAUUUAUUCAGUAGCUUCAAUAGCACUGGCUUGUGUUGCCGUCGGAUCUAAUCCUAGAAGCUUUCUACCUGGAUUGAUCAUAGCUCUAAUGGGUAUUCCUCUCUACUACCUGGCUCGAACUCAGUGGUGGCGGAAUGGACUUCCAGCCAGAUUGCAUAAUAAAUUAACCAAGCUAUGCAAUGCUGUUCUGUUAUGUGAUAUCGCUACAAAAGCAAUCAACGAAGAGUGAAGAUUCUAUUUAGGACUAAUUUAUCUGAAUUUUUGUACAUAUAAGCAUUUUAAGCUAAAAAUUAAAAACAUCAAGUAACCUUUUGUAUUAUUGGUAUGAGAAUGUCUUCCUUGUUGAAAUUUCUAUUUGACGGGGAACCCAAUUGCAGGACUAUCUUACCAAUUUCUGGAUUCGUUAUUCUUCAAAAAUUCUGGAAUUUAAAAGUACGGAUAAAAGGUUGUAACCUAUGCA